GAUUCGACCACAAUGGCUGAAUCCGCGGACGAGGAUGUUGCCGGACUCGCCGGUCAAUCAUCCAACAAGGUCGUCAAGAAAUCUCGAAUCAAGCCUCGUUCUAAGCCGAUGACCCGUCAAUCCACUGGAACUACUAAGAAGGUUGCCAGAAAACUGUUCGAAACAGCCUUGCCUUCAGAUGACAACACCGAACAUCAGUCUGGUCAACUGGUUGGCAUAGACAGAGUCCUUUCACGACUAGAAGAUCUUAUAAAGGCGGUAACCGAAUCAAUCUCUGUUUCACAGGCUACUCGAUCUAUCCCCGGAACCUCAUCAGUAUCGCAGCUCAGACGAGAAGAUAUCGGUCGAUUCAAUCCUGAUUAUCCCGACCCGAACGGGGUUGGCAUGAUUAUUGACGGCAAUACCCCAAUCUUUACCGACAUAAAACGCUUCGUCGAGCGUAUCGAAUCCUUCCUUGAAGACCGUGAUACCGCCGCAGCCAACGAGAAACAGAUGGUACUUUUGUUUGAGGUCUUAUUGGACGGCCAGGCAGCUCUAUGGUGGAGUAACGAAUUGGUUUAUAAAGAUCGACGAUCUCUUCGACAAGCCGGUUUAACUAAGAUGCUGGCGGCCUUAAAAAGUCGAUUCUCCUAUGACCUGGUGAUUACAUUGGACGAAUACACGGACCGUCGUCUAAGCCUCGAACAGAUCGUCGAGGAUGAGAACAGAUUGAUACAGUUCUUCCAGACGAGGCUGCGAUACGCAAAAUCACUCGGCUUUCUAGACCAGGAUAACAAAGGCUGGUAUGAAGUCUUGAAAGGGGUCUGGUCCGCUAUGGAUUAUGACCUCCGGGAUGUCGUACCGGCCCCCUCUGAUCUAUAUUCGCUUGAAGAAUAUAUGAAAGAAGUAAACGAGGCAAAGCUGCGGUUUCUUGAUGUAGCGAGAAUGAAUGGCCUGGUUAGUUCAGCCGAAUGGUUUGCCAGGCGCGGGAACCGAGAAGGUUCAAGCGAUUGGUCGGAGAACUACGGCGGCGACCAUUGAGCAAACGGCGUUCAUAUUAACCGGAUCGGCUCUCAAUCGCAGAAGCGGCCGGCCUUGAUACCACCAUCGAGGCUAGCAUCCUCGCCCGUUCGUCUCAAGGUAUAAGGCACUCGCAAUGCAGCCGAGAGCCAAGUACUCCUGUACCAAAGUUCGAGAAAGAGCCUACUAUAGUUGGGAGCCUGGGCAUAUCACACGGCAUCAGAGGUUAUCUAUAGUGAAUAGGCCUUGACAAAUACAUACUUCUCC